UUAUGAGUAUAUGUCAUGCAUUUAUAUAAUAGAUUUUAUGAUAUAUUCACAGAACGGUCUAAAUCACAUCGUAAACGCAAAAUGGAUCUAACAAUGUUCAACCAAAUAGCACAAAUAAAUGACCAUUUGUUUCUGAGCAGCGCAGGCGCAAUAAAGACUGACCGCAUUCGCUCUCUCGGAAUUACAAAUAUAGUGAACUGUACCAUGGAAAUACCUAAUCUAAAGUUACCUAGUGUAGAAUGUGUUCAAAUACAUGUUGAGGACACACCUAGUGCACGUUUAGGAAUGUAUUUUGAUAGAUGUGCUGAUAAAAUUCAUCAAGUUCACAAAAGUGGCGGGAAAAUUCUUGUGCAUUGUGUUGCAGGCGUUAGCCGCUCGGCUAGUUUAUGUAUGGCAUAUCUAAUGAAAUAUCAAAGAAUGACAUUAGACCAGUCAUACUACCACAUCAAGAAACGUAGACCAGUCAUCCACCCAAAUGUUGGCUUCUGGCGCCAACUUAUCGAAUUUGAACGCCGCCUCUUUGGCCGGAACACGGUGAAAAUGAUUCCAUCCGGCAUUGGACCGAUACCGGAAGUAUACAAGGAGGAAGUGAAAAAUAUGAGAAGAUGACCGUAAAAGCUGAAGUUUACAGAAGUACGGACUUUGAUAAGAUGGUCAAGAUAUUUGUAAGGUGAUGAUGACAGAAAAUCUCACGACUGAUGGUCAGGGAUGAAGAUACAGCAUCAAUGUCUAACAAUAAAAUAUUAAAGUGUGACCGUACACUUUAAGAAAAUUAACAUCAACAACUAAACUAAAUACGGAAAAGAAACAUCAUAACAAUUUAAAAUUAUAGACUAUAAGACAUUGAAAUAAAAAUGAAAUUCCAACUGUUAAUUUUAAAUUAUAAAUCAUAGGCAUAUGUGGACAUGUAAACAAAAUUAUAACUUACUGCCCAACGGCUUUUUACUCACGGUGUUUGAUAUUGUUACGUGUGUUAUUCUCUUUCGUUUGCUAUAAAAAUACUUUAAUAAAGAAAGAAAACUAACAUUUUUGAUGAUGUAUUUGAUUUGAGUAAAACUUUUGAGACAUAUUAAAUUUCACUAUCAAUAUGUUUAUAAUUGGACAGGAUAGAAGGAAAACUUUCAUUAACCAGCUAAAAUGACUUUAUAAAUCAAAUAUAAUGGAAACUAUUUAUGUCCUAUAAGCAGUGCUGCAUUGAACCCUGCUUAGUUCGCCCAGUUUUUUCAUUUAUUGUAUUGCAUAUCAGUUGGAAAUAUAUUUUGUAGAAUCAGAUAAAAAAUCAAAUAAGAAUGCAAUUAAAAGUGUAUGUUUUGUGCGUUCCCUUUGGCGUUAAUGUCUUCUGGCAAGUGAUUCUCAAAGUCGAUUUAAAAGAUUUCAGUCCGGUCUGCAAAUGUGUACUUUUUAUAUAAUUUCAAGAUUUAAUACUGCGUAAUUGGUUUUCUUACAAUUUACUGUAAUUCACUUCAAGUGAAGUUAUGUAACCAUUUCUUGUAAAAAUCGGUCGUUUCUUUGCACAUGAUAGCAAAUGUCACUUACAUGUAACUUUCAAAUUUACAUAUGUUUAACCAUAUCAAUUCUUACUUUUCCGGAAGCAAAAAUUGAGCCCAGCCUUUUGUCAAUAUCCGUGCAGUCUGACCAGGCUCUUCUAUACAGUUGGCUAACUUUUAAUUGUCAUCUUGUGAUAUCCUUAAAAUUGAUUACGGACAGAUCCCAAAAUGGGAGCUAAGGAAUACAGCGGGUUAACAUGGUUAAGGUUUAAAUUCAUCAGCGAAAAAUCGUUCAAACAAAUUUAUUUUAGAUAUAAAAGGUUUUAUUUUUCAAAAAGAAUUUGAAUAUUUUUGUAAAGCCAUUCAAUACAUGAAAACAUACUACAACAUUUUGUUUCAUUUUUAACAUAAAAUUUCUGAAUGAUUCAUUCGGUGUCUAAAAAUAUGGGUCCAGUUUCUUUACCAGUAUCAUAUAAAUAUAUAUAGAUGUUUCAAAGAGAUUUUUUUUCAAUGCACAUUAUGCUAACCACACAACAAUUUGAAUUCUGAAAAUAUGUUCCGUAACUGAACCAUGAUUAUUGUUAAUGUAAAGGAAUUGUUUCAUUUUUUGUAGGAUUUUGUGUAUAUAACUGAAUAUAAAGACUUUGUCAUUGUUAUUUAUUGGACAUUAUAUUUGCAAGCCUACUAAGUGAAUAGGGUUUCAAUGCUAAGACUUGUUUAUUAUGUUUAUGUUUAUUAUUGUUAUAAUCAUAUUAACUACAAUGACAAACUGUUAGUAAAAUGUACAUGUAAGCACUACAGUUUGUUACACACGUUAACUAAGUUGUUUGUUUUAAUAUUUAUUUAAUAUUUUGUGAUUAAAAGUUAUAACAA